CCAACUGGCGGGUUCCAGUUCGAAAUUCUCCCAGAACCCGGAGCUGUGUCUACAGCCCCACUGGCCCAUGCCCGUGUUCCCUGGGAAACUCAGCUGCUGUGCCCACCAUGGAGGGGCCUCUGAGAAGAAAAACACUGCUCAAGGAAGGACGGAAGCCCGCCCUGGCCUCAUGGAGCAGGUACUGGGUCAUACUAUCAGGAUCUACCCUCUUGUACUAUGGAGCCAAGUCCUUGCGGGGCACAGACAGAAAACAUUAUAAAUCCACACCUGGAAAGAAGGUCUCCAUUGUGGGCUGGAUGGUGCAGCUGCCUGAUGACCCUGAGCACCCAGAUAUCUUCCAGCUGAAUAACCCUGAGAAAGGCAAUGUUUACAAGUUUCAGACUGGCUCCCGAUUCCAUGCAAUCCUGUGGCACAAACAUUUGGAUGAUGCAUGUAAGAGCAACAGGCCCCAG